UGUACGGUGCAAAUACUCCAAACCUUGAGUAAUAAAGAAAGUAAGUAAAUGUGAGGAGUUGUGGAUCAUAAAAUGUAUUUAAAAUGUCCGGGUCAAGAUUACCACAUGCUACACUGAACCUUAAACAGUUUUUGCAGAGACAAAGAGUAUUAGGACUGUACCGGAACAUGUUGAGGACAAUCCAGCAAGUUCCAGAUGAAGCAGAUCGUAAAUAUUUACAAGACUGGGCUAGAGACGAGUUCAAAAGAAACAAGGAGGCAACAAACCAGGAUGCUAUUCGGAUGAUGAUCACACAAGCCAUAAAUCACCUGGAGGAACUGAGGAGAUCACUUGCUUUAGCUAGAAGUUAAAACAACGUGAUCAUUUAGAAUGUUCUACUGAAAGACUGCAAGCACUAAAAAGAUGUCAUUGCUGUCACUUUAUCUUUAGUUUCCUCUCAGCACUGAGCCACCUAUAAGAGGCACUUUUAGGUUGUUUGGAAGAUCCAGUGGAAGAAAAUAAACGUACAUACAUUUGGGUGGAUUAACUAUGUAAAUAGAUAUAUAUUUCUUUGUUUAUUUUUAUUGUUUUUGCCUUAGGGUUCAACCAUGGCUCUUGGACAUUUCUGGUCACUAACAAAUGUACAAAUACACAAAUGUAAUUUCAUAAUGGAUUUAAUUGUGGUAAAAUAAUAAAUCUGUUGUGGCA